AUGACUUUCUCUGGAGCUCAGGCGGCUGGAAGAUCCAAGGCUCUUCAGAGCAAUAGUACUGCCAACUUCAAUGCCAACUCAGCGAUAAACGUGGCCACUGCCCCCAACAACAAUCCUGGGCACAAGCCCGCCUGCGACCGGUGCAAAGGACAAAAAUUAAGAUGUGUGUGGGAAUGCGGCUCAGAUAUAUGUCGCAGAUGCCGUCGUGCUCAGGCCGUCUGUCAACAGCCGGCUUCCCGUCCGUUCGGUAGGCCUGGUCGUUCUGCUACACACAACACAAGCUUCAAGUGCCAGGAUCAGCCAAAUUUAAGGGUCUGGCUACCAGGGGGCACGAAUAACGCCCCCGCGGAGUUUCAGGAGAGUAACCUCACAAUACAAAUGCCGACGGCCGACGAUGAAGAUCGCGCAUCAAGUCCUCCUCAUGCACAUGCCGCCCUUAACCCUCCACGAUAUCUCGGGCUGGCAGCGCUAUCUGCAGACCCCAAUGUGCAAUUGAAUAACAUAUCUUCGUCCCAUAAUAGACACGAAGAUACAAUCAACUGGUAA